AAGACAGACAGUAUGCUGCCUGCUGUUGUAAAACUCUGCUGUGGAAUCUCCUACCCACAUCUGAGGAGCAUGGCAGGACUGCAGCGCAUGGCUGUGGCAGUGAUCGGCCAAGAGAUGACACACGUGCAGCAAUGGAGACGCACUCGGCUGCCAGAGUGGAUGGAUCAGAUGGGAUUGCGUGCCGGUUUAUCUCAUACUGAGUCCAAAACAGAGAACAGAAGGCCUGUCACACUGAACCAAGAACAGCAAUUGUUUGUACAACAAGGCCAAGAAGCAAUGAGGAGGGCUCUUGACAUCUUGGAGGACAAAGAGGGCUGGCAAACGGAAAUUGCAGAGGACAAUGGUGAUGUGAUCUGCAGCAAAGUGAUGGCUGGGGCCAGGAGGGUUUUCAGAUUGGAAGCCAUCCUUGAGGCGAGUGCAGAGGAGCUUUACGACAUCCUAUUUGUCAAGGUGGAAGAGAUGCACCUGUGGAACCCGAGCAUCCAACAUAUCAAAGUUCUCAAGCACGUUGGACCCGAAACAGUUGUUACCCAUGAGGUGUCAGCAGAGACAACAGGAAAUCUCAUUGGUCAAAGGGACUUUGUGAGUGUCAGACACAGUUGCAAAGACAAAUCCUGCAUAUACCUUGGAGGAGCAGCCAUUCAGCUGGAGUCCUUCCCGCCUCAGAAAGGCUUUGUUCGAGCGGAAGAUGGACCAACGUGCAUUAUCAUCGAGGCUCUGGCAGAGGAUUCAAGGAGGAGCCGCUUCACAUGGCUGCUCAACAUGGAUGUAAAGGGCUGGCUGCCAAAGUCCAUUGUCAAUCAGGCCUUGCCCCGAGCACAGCUGGAUUUCACCAGACACCUACGCAGACAUCUGACAGCAGGGCCCACCCUGGGCUAAUGGAGUCUCUCUGACACCCGUACCGCAGCGACACUCUGUAAUCACUCACAGGGGAAAACCUAGAGUGCCACAGUGGGCACAAUUUGGCGGCCUCUCAAAACACUGCCCUUUCUCUGUGAGCAGAUUAGUGCCUGCGGGAAACCUACAGCUGUGAAGACGUGCCACGCUGAGGUGCCUCGGAUUGGUGUCAACACCCCCUCUGCCAGCCUGAGAAAAGGAACCUGGCUCAUAAUAGGAAUUAAUGUCACACUGUGCCAAACAAACCUCAAUAGAAUACCAUCAAACAGCGAAUCUGUUGUCCUGCUGUAUGUCAUUGCUUGCCUGUUGACACAUUACUAAUUGUAUGAGUCCCUGCAUAUGCUUCUUAUCAUGCUUCUUCUCUUGGAAAAUACAAAUUUAAUGGACUACAGCUGC